AUGGGAAGGGCGCCAUGCUGCGAGAAGGAAGGUUUGAAGAAGGGGAGAUGGACAUCCGAAGAGGACGAGUUACUAGUGAACUACAUAAAGGCCCAUGGGGAAGGCUCCUGGAGAUCACUGCCUAAGAAUGCAGGUAGAGACGGAAGGGCAACGAGAAUUCGGCUCUGCAAAUCUACUUCUUGCUUCCUUCUCGUCUCAUUCUCUUUCUGAGCUCGAGACAGAUUUGUCGCCAUUGUCUUCCCAACGUUUCUACGAUGCAUGCCCCCAAUAAUAGUCUGGCUUUACUCUCGAAUUCCAUCUCUCUGCCCUCGCCUUCCUAUUUUCCUCGGUUUAAUUCCACUUAAGCUCAAACUGAGCCACGCUGCGCCAUGCUUUUGGCCCUCGCGAACAUCUCUGGUUAUCAUGACUUGCCUCCGAGAAGCUCUUCUUGUUCUGUUAUUCUUAUCUAUCGGGAGUCGAACUCUUGCCCAUUCGGCAUAGGAUCGUGGAAUAUCUCUCUCUAACACCGUCUUUUCUCCUGGAAUGAAGGUCUUCUCAGAUGCGGAAAGAGCUGCAGGCUGAGGUGGAUAAACUACCUCAGAUCCGACUUGAAGAGAGGCAACAUAUCUCCGGAAGAGGAAGAAGCGAUCAUCAAGCUUCAUACUUCUCUCGGGAACAGGUGAAACACAUCGUUCUUUCGAGGAGCAAGCCUCCGGUUUUGCCAAGAAAUUUGGCUAAUUUCCGGAUAGGAUAAUCUCUCGGUUCUCCUACGCGGGUCUCUUGUGUUCUUCCUUGGGAAGCUCUGAGGCCCGACCAGUGACAUUGAUCUCAAGGAAAACCCUUGCCAUUGCCGCAUGGGCCCCUUGGGGUACCGAGCACGGCAUAUUCCUUGACUGGUCAUCUGACUGUUCAUCGCUGUUCCUUCCUCGAAGUUCGUGGCUCAUCGCUACAUCGGUCUUUUCCGUCGGCAAAGAUUCAUAAAAAAUGGGCAAAGAAAAUUUAAUCGCGCACAUGUAGUAUGAGUUGAAACUGAUAUGGCAGCAUAACUGAGCUCGAAAGUCUUCCAUAUCUUCAUAACUGUGCUCAAAAUGUUUACGGUCACAGGGGAUUCGGACGUGGAGUUAGAAUUUGAAAAGAGGAAGGCUUUCUGCAGAAUCGUAGAAAUGGCGCGUGGACCGGUGUUAACGAGCUUCUGGUCUGCGUUCUCUUCUUGCAGAUGGUCCCUGAUAGCUGCCCAGCUCCCCGGCAGGACGGACAACGAGAUCAAGAACUACUGGAAUUCCCAUCUUAGCCGUCGGAUUCACCGCCUGAGGAGGCGAGACGGCGACGAAGGGCCGGCUGUGAUCGUAGACCUCGGCAAGAUUGUGGGCAUCCCACUUCGGCAGUGGGCCGGCCGGACGGGCCGAUCGGCCAUGAAGAAGGAAAACCCCGUCGGAACCGUCGAUGAAAGCCGCGGCCAGGGCGGCGCCGAUGGGGAAAGCGAGAAGACCACCCAACCACCUUGUGGGCGCCCCGUAGAAUCUUACAGCAAGAAAAUCAACCCGGAGGCGUUGCCGGAGAGCGAGUUACUGGAGACUGGCCGGGCUCUCUCGACCGAGUUCUGGGAGGCGGCGAGCGAGCUGUUGAGUCCGAGCUGGGAGAGGGGAGAUGGAGGGUGGAGCGCCGCGAGCUCAUUCAUUGAGCAGAGAGAGUGUGGGCCAUCGAUGAGCUCGUGCACGACGAGCGAGGAGAGGAAGGACGGGCCCAUGCCGGCGGUGGGGCAGCAGCCCUACGGGCAGGCGGAGGAGUGCAACAGCACUGCGACGACGGGCGGCGAGUGGCUAGACGUGGAGCUGGAGGCGAUAGCCACCAAGCUGUGGGAUGAGGCCGGCGAAGCGUGGCCGUGGCGGUGGGAAGACGCCUCAGUAGCCGAGCACCUAUCUCAACAGCCGCCCACGGAUUGCUACGAGUACGAGCAGGGUGCUCUCGAGAGGUGGCUCCUCUGA